GUGUGAUAUUUGCAUAUUUUGAGCCUGCAGUGCCAGUGGAUGAACUUAAAGAUGUGAUAUAAUCCACAGCAGCUUUUGCUGUUACUAAAAGGGUAGCAUAGGUCCCGGUCUUUUCAGUAACAGGGGGGGGGGAGAUGGGGCCGUAUUUGUUAGUUGUAGAAUGAAUAUUGACAUUAUUAAUUGGGAUGGAGCUACUGAUAAUUGAACUCAAAGCUUCAUAUUUAUAAUAGCGUCCGUUAUUACUUUGCACGUUGAUUUCAAACGAUGGUCCAUUUUCUGUGUAUGUCCUUUCGGUUCGAAUUCGACAGCGUCAACUUUGAAUACGAAUAUGGACUUAGUUGCUGAAAAAUCUUCAAGCAAACCUGGAGGAUUGACAGCCACAGUCGGAGUAGCGCUUACUUUUGCUAAUUUAGCGUGUUUCCACAUUUUUUGUAUUCAUUUUGGCAGAUGCACUCGCUUCAUCUCAUGCAUGGCUGUAUUUGGGGCGUUGUUUUUUUUCUUAUUCCUCUCAAUGAAAAACAACAUUUUGGUUCGAGGCAUGGCACACUCUUCUUAGUAUUGGCGCGGAUCUAUCUCUGUUUUGG